AAUUUACAUACGUACAUAUAUCUCACUGUAAUUUCGGAAAUUCAAAAAAAAAAUGAAAAUAAACAAGUUCAUUCUUUUUUAAAAAGCCUGAUAAAAAUGUAAAAAUUCGUCAAAAGUGAGACGAGAGAAAAUUAUGUAGACAUGAUCGAUGUUGCGAAUUUACUAAUUUUAUUCUCAGAAAUCAUCAUUCUCAGCUGCAUUAAACAGAAUUCAGCCUUUUUGGAAACCAUGAAUAUUACCAGAAGACAAGGACUGGAUCUGCCUCGAUUGCUUUACACUGCAGAAAUAAUGCCAGACAUUGUUCCCCUUGGCCAGAUAGAAUUGCUAAAUGUAACUUUUUACAACGGCCAAGAGCUAGAAAUUGGAUCCAUGUACAGCCAUAGAGAGUUAAAAGAGCCUCCUCAUGUGUAUUGGUCGUACAAUUUGAGUUCGAUAGAUUUUUACACAUUGAGUAUAGUCAACUUGGAUGAUUUUAUCUCAAAACUCGAAACUAGGCUGCAAUGGCAUGUCUGGCUAGUUGGAAACAUACCAAAAAAUCGAAUAGAGUUGGGAGACCCUUUGAUAGAAUUCCAAGCACCAGUUGAAACUAAAGACAAAAGGUUCAGAACGCAACAUCGAGUUGCCAUUUUUGUAUGGAGACAGCCUAAGGGUAAGCUGAUUAAAUACCAGGGUCCAAUUUUAACCUCAAGCCUCGUAUUUUUUUUCUGCAGCGAUCAUCGAUGGAAUUACACGAUUCAGAGCUUUAUGAAAAAGUAUCGAUUGGGAAUUCCUUACGCUGCGACGUAUUUUAUGAUGAACGAAUAAACACGAAUAGAAAUGCGUCUUUUUUUUAUGAACUUGAUUCAAAGAAAGAGAACAACCAAGACUUGUUUUUCAAAAGUGUAAAGAACAAAUUCAAUAAACUUUUGUCUCGAU